AAUCAACCCGCAAACCUGUAGCAUCUCAUGCAAAUAUAAGUUCUGUAAUAUUUAUAUUCGCAAAUAAGUUAAACACCUAUUGUUCUAAUACAUUCAUAAAAUGAAAUUUUUGGUACUUUUCGCUUCACUAACAGUUGUUGCAAUGGCCCAAAGGCCUAGUUAUGCUGGUUUAACUCCAAAACUAGGACCGGAAUUGGCCUCAAGAUUCAAAAAUCCCAAUGACACAGCAGAUGAUCCAAUUUUGGCCAACCGAUUAGGGGAAGAUACCCCAACCAAUUUGCCCACAGAUGCAAGAGGAGAUGGUGGUUUGGUCGACAGAUUAAACCAGUGGCCCAGAGAACACAGGCCCUUUUGGCUUAUUAAUGCAGAACACAUCGAAAGACACAGACACCCAAACGAAGGGCAAGGAAAUUCUCAGAACCAACAAGUUCAAGGAAACGCAGUAAAUUUGGCAAGCAGAAAUAAUUUCGCUGCCCCCGAGGCUAACAAUGGAUUUUUCGAGGUGGUUAAUGGAGUUCCAGGACAUUUCGAUAAAGGAGCAGAUGGUACAGUUAACAUUAAUUUUGAAAGCAGAGGAGCAUUUGGAGAAUCUCCCGACACAAGGCCCAUCAAACCUGAACCCCCAAGGUCAACAUUUUUGGGCGCCCGCAAUUAGUUUUUAUUUUUUAAGAGACUGUUAAUGUAAAGUUUAACACACUUUAUUUUCCUGCAAUGCAAUGCCAAAUCCCAUUUGUACAUAUUAAUUUUAUACUAAGAAAUACAUUUUUACCAA